AUUUUUUAUUUAUGAUUUGAAAAAAAAAAAAAAAACUUCAUCUUCUUCCUCCUUUCCUUUCUCUCUCAAUACUUCAACAGUUUGCCUCCUCAUUUCUCUAUUAACCUUCCUCCUUCCUGUCCCUACUCAUCCUUCUUCUUUCUUCUUUUUAUUCUUUCUCUCUCUUCUCCCUUCUUCUUCCUCUCCAAAUCUAGGUUUUCUCAAACCCAAAUCUAGGUUCUCAAACCAUCAUCAAAAAAUCAUAAAUGUAGUUAGAAUCGAAAGAAGGGUGGGAUCUUACCUUUGAUUUCCAUAGACGCAACAAAUGAGAGAGCGAGGAGGGCAUGUAGAGGCAAUUAUUGAUUGGAAAAGCAUUGUAUCGAAGAUAGAUUUAAAGAGAGAUGGGAAUUGUAGGAGCGGUGAAAGGGAAGAAGAAGCUAGGAGGAGCAAGGCUAUGGAUGAGGUUCAACAAGGAUGGGAAGUCGAAAGUCAUGGAAUUGGAUAAGAGAAUGAUAAUCAAACGUGUCAGAAUUCCUGGUAGGGAUUUGAGGAUUCUGGGUCCCUUGUUCUCUCAAUCCUCUAAUAUUCUUGAUAGGUUUGAUUUACUUAUAUUGCUGUUGUUUGGAUUUGUAUUUUUUUGUAUCCCAAAAGUAGAAUUCUUUUGAAAAUGGCUCUUAGAUCACACUUCACAAUGAAUGACUCUGAUGGGU